AUGGGAAGAACCAAGGUAAGAAAAACAUCCUUCUCCAAUCGUCCCAAGAUUACAACCACGUUGUCUUCUAAUAUGAAUGUGAAACUCGGAACGUACCAUGCAAGAAUGGAUGGAACCGAACAGCCAAGAAACUCGUUUAGAUUGAACGGAUAUUAUGGAAAUGGCUCGAAUACUGCCGCCUGGAGCCAGCAGGUUAGAUUAUCGAAUCAGCCGCCCGAAGAUCAUCUACCGCAUCCAAAUCCCUUACGUUCACAUAUGCGCUACUUCGAACAGCAAGUGCUUCAAAACGAUGGCGUCGCUACUAGCGGAAAGAAGGCGCCAAACACAACAGAAUACAAGUAUACGGUCGAUUUUUUAAACAACAUCCGUCACCACAUGUGCUUCACACGCAAACACGAACGCACUAGAAGCUACGGAGAACGCAUCCCUGAGAGACGGGUCGAUCCUGAGCAAUCGAAUCAUACGUUCGCUAAUCUGCUUCGGUACUAUGGCUAUCACAACUAUUGGCUGAUGUUCAAGUUUGGCUACAUCUAUCAGAAGGAGCUGCUGUAUAGACGUAAACCCGAAGUAUGGAUGCCUCAUAUACGCGGUGAGUCGGAUGGCGCUCGUCGUGGUUGGGCAACGGAACAAGAACUAAGCAACACAUCGUACGCACAGUAUACACAGGUGCAAAAAAAAGCUUAUGGGAAGUCCACCGUUCAUCUGUCUACCAAUGAUACGCAGAACGAAAGUCUCGAAAGCGAAGAGAAUUCCAACUGGGAAAGUACUUCGUCCAAUCUUGCUCCUUCAUCACCUCGUAAUAGUCCGCAAGAAUUAAGUACAACCAUUCCGUAUGAUACCGUUGCCACCGAGGAUCCUCUAUCGAAAAGCAUUUGGCAAAUGUUUCUGGCCAACAAGCAAUCCGACGCCACGUUUGCGAAAAAGAUGCGCCUGUGGGAAAUGCUAUACAACAGCUUCCAGCAAAUGGCUUCCUGGUUGCCAAAGUACGAGCUCUACCUGAUGGGAAGCACCAUUUCUGGGUUCGGGACGGAUAGUUCCGACAUGGACAUGUGCAUCGUAGACAUCGAUGGUCCUAUGUACUGUGAUUCGCGAACCGAAGCACUAAACAAUCUGCUGCGGGUGAAAAGCUUCAUCGAAUCGAUGUCCACGUCCGCUAACUUUGAGCAUCUGGAUUUGAUAAGGGCAAAGGUGCCAAUAUUGCGGUUUCGCCAAGUGCAGGAAAAUAUCGAUAUCGAUCUGAGCAUUAACAAUCGUGUCGGUAUACGAAAUACUCAUUUGCUACACUGCUACGCUCAAUUGGACUUGCGUGUACGGCCCUUGAUUAUGGUGAUAAAGCUGUGGGCUCAACAUCACAAUCUGAAUGAUCCGAUCAACUCCACGAUGUCCAGCUAUUCGUUAGUGCUAAUGGUGCUCAAUUUCCUGCAGUGCGGUGUCACGCCUGCGGUAGUACCGUGUCUGCAUAAGACUUAUCCGGAAAAGUUUGUCCAAGAACGUUAUAAUAGCAAUUUGCUCGAACGCAUCGAUCCGCACGAAUCGGAAAACAAGGACACUCUUGGAGAAUUGUUGCUCAAGUUUUACAAAUAUUAUGCUGAGUUUGAUUACGCCAACUACGCUAUUUCGGUUAGAACGGGAACAACUUUACCGAUUGCUGAGUGUAGGUGGAAUGGCAGCGAAAAUCUUGGUAUCCGUAGCUAUCUCUUCAUCGAAGAGCCAUUCAAUCGUACCAACACCGGAAAAUCCGUCCACAAUCGUUAUGUGUUUCAGCAGAUAAAGGCCGCUUUUGCCGCGUCCUGGAAAAUGUUGGAGGAGAACGAAACGUUAAGCAUCCUGUUUGGGAAACCGCUAUUUACCUCCUCUUCGAUUCCAUCCACAAGCAGUUACUUUUAA